AUGGCACUAUCCAGUGAGAUUCCAGACCCAGCGGAACCUUCAGGCGCUGUGCUACGGAAUGUCGGAUCGCGCGAUCGCGGAGUGAGCGAAGAUCCCCGCGAGGCUCUGGAGCUGCAAGAAAUUCAGACACGCGAAGACAAUGAGCUCAACGAGUCCACGGCCUCUGCCUCGUCUGGUGAUGAGUAUCGCGUCGUGACGCGUCGAACCACAUCACGCAUCGCGGCGCGUGCGGAAGCCCGCAGGCAGGCUCGGAAGGGUGCUUGGGGCAAGCUCACUCGGUUCUGGACGCACCAUGUUACCUUGACGGUUCCGCACAAGAGUAACAGGGACUAUUUCGCUCUGGAGAGGACGUUCCUCGCCUAUAUCCGCACGUCGGUUGUCAUCGCACAACAAGGGGUGCUCAUCGCACAGCUAUUUCGCCUGCAGACAGCCGAGGCCUUGGCGGAUAAAUUGGGGUUUCAUCAAGUGGGUGUUCCGCUGUCAGUGACCUGUCACGGUGUGGCUAUUCUGGUGGCUUUGGUUGGUGCUUUUCGAUUUUGGCGACAACAAGGUGCGAUCGCUAGGAAUAAGAUUCAUGCUGGUGGGUGGGAACUGAACUCUGUGGGAAUUCUCCUGGGCUGUAUUAUUCUAACGACAUUGGUCAUAUCGAUUGCGAUUAUUGUCGAGAUCGAUAUAGAUCCGUCCAAUGUCAUCAAUCGAAUACUGGUUCGAUGA